GCGAAAGCGGCCUAGAGAGAUAUUCUGUUGUUUGUCUAGAACCAGGAAUGUUGUCCGGAGAGGAGAAUUUUACGAAACUAAAUGGAGACGGCAAUGUGAAACCUAGAAGUGGCACGUUUGUCGAAGAAGCCUCACUUGAUAUCGACGAAGUAUUUCAAACGGAGGAAGACGAUUGUAUCUUGACUCUAAACAUAAGUGGCAUGCAUUUUCAAGUAACAUGCGGAACUUUAGCAAGGUUUCCAGGCACUUUGCUUGGAGACCCAAUUUGUCGUCAGAAGUACUUCAAUUACGAAUACAAAGAGUAUUUUUUUGAAAGAAGCAGAUUAUGUUUUGAUUCUAUUCUUUACUAUUAUCAGAGCAAAGGAGUGCUCUGUUGUCCUCGUCAUGUUCCACCUCGAAUCUUUCAUGAAGAGGUGCAGUUCUUUCUAGGAAAAGAAGUUGCUAAACCAUUUGAGACGUUUGGAGGGAAAUAUAGCCACAGCAUUGAAGACGGUGAUGAUGUUGAAGAAAGUGAUUGUCAAAGACCAUUGAUACUGCGUCAAAUUUGGAAUUUGUUUGAUAGUCCAAACUCGUCUACUGCAGCUAGCGUUGUGGCUGUUUGGUCGUUGUUUGUAAUUGCAGUGUCAGUCGCCACAUUCUGCAUUGAAACGAUUCCAAGUGUUCGAGAUCCUCCAUCUUAUCGACAUUGUGGACCAUUCUUUAUUAUAGAAUCUCUGUGCAUUUCAUGGUUCACAAUUGAGUUGCUGUGCAGGUUUAUUUCGUGCCCAAAUAAACUCAAGUUUAUUAAAAGUUUUUUGAAUAUUAUUGACUUAGUCGCAAUACUUCCAUAUUUCAUGACUCUUCCUUUGUCGCAUUAUGACAUUUCGUCUAUAGCAAUUAUCAGAGUGGUUCGACUUAUUCGAAUUUUCCAAGUAUUUAAAUUGUCUCGCUACUCUAACAGUUUGGUCAUUCUGGCAAGGACAUUGUGGGAAAGUGCAGCUGAAUUGUCAUUGCUCUUUUUGUUCUUAAGCUUCGGAAUCAUUCUAUUUGCUAGUGCAAUUUACUAUGCAGAACAUGAUGUGAAUAGCGAGCAUUUCACUAGCAUUCCUGAUGCUUUCUGGUGGGCAACAAUUACAAUGACAACUGUUGGUUAUGGAGACAAGUAUCCAGUCACUGUUGUGGGGAAAUUUAUUGGAUCAUGUUGUGCUAUAGUUGGUGUGCUGUUUGUAGCACUUCCUAUUCCAGUUAUUGUUCAAAACUUUACCACUCUGUAUGAAAUGGAAAGAGAUUUGGCUGCUAGGAAAGCUAGCAAGCCCAGAAGACAAAAGCAGCAGCAGAGUCGCCAUUAUUUGAGAAACCAAAUGUCUGAGGGCGCAGCAAUAAUUGAAGAUUUCCGGGCUACUUCUGAAUGUGAACAGAAUAAUGGCACUGGCGAUCAAAAAAAGGUGUUGUCUGAUGAUGAUUUUGAAUUUGCACUUUCAGACAGAAGAAGAGGAGGCUCUUGUGUGUCUGCUAUUGAUGCUCAGAAUGACGUCUCUCGUAUUGCUUUGUUUACAUGUCCUCAUUGUGGCUCUUCAUUUCAAGAUCGUGUUCCUAGACCCUCCAGUACUGUUACAGCUUCAAAGAAGCUUAUAUCAGCAGGUACAGGCAUAUCAACUUCCAGAGAAGGGGACAAAGCUCUUAUCAUAAAUAGACAGAAUGCGGUUGAUAUUUCUGAGUUUGAAUGUAGGUAUUCCACUGGUAAUCUUACCAGCACUUUGGUCCAGAUUUUGCCAGUAGGCAAUGAGAAUGCUGCUGCUGUUGCAGAGACAUCUUUCCAGAAUUGCAAAGCACAUGGGUUUGAUGAUGAUUCUGUAUUACCAGCAAGAAAUGGGAAAUUGAACAGAGAAUAUGGAACUUCAGUGUAAUUGCAACAACUGAUAUUUGUAACUAGUUGAAAUAAAUGCUGUGACAAACCCCAUUUGCAAAGAGGUGGCUACUCGCUAAUGUGGAGGGGUAUAUGUAGAUCUAUAGUGAUUAGAAUUAUGUAUCACACUUUGAGUUAGCAUGUUUGUUAGUUGUCGACAUGUUGAAUUAGUUAAUAUCAAUUAUAUAUUUUGCAUUG